AUGACCAUGACUGUCACUUUGUCUCAUACCAAGGUGGAAAAUAUCACACAGGUUUGCAAAGAUCUUUUGACCAGAACACAACCUACCAUCAGGGAAGUGGCAGUUGUCAUAGGAAAACUUGUGGCCAGUUGCCCUGGGGUUGCUAUGGUACCCCUGUUCUCUAGGCAGCUAAAGAAGGAAAAAACUGCUGCCCUUAAGUUUCAUCAUGGUAAUUUUGAUGAAAGCAUGGCACUGUCACCUAAAGCAGAGUCAGAUCUACAGUGGUGGGUUGAGAACAUUGAAAAUGUUUCUAAACCUAUUUCACAAGGUAAUCCAUCUACACUCUUAAUACAGAUGCAUCCCUACAUGGAUAGGCAGCUGUUUUUUUGGGGACAAUCACAGGAGGCCACUGGGCACCUGAUGAAGCUCACCAGCAUAUUAAUUGCCUUGAAUUAAAAGCAGCGUACCUGGGAUUACAGUCCUCCUAUAAAAACUUGUCUCAUACCCAUGUGAGAAUUUUUCUUGAUAACACCUCAGCAGUUUCUUACAUCAAUAAUAUGGGGGGCACUCAUUCGCUUGAAUGCAAUCAAAUUGCUAGAACUAUUUGGAUGUGGUGCAUUGCAUGGGCUAUUUGACUACCUGCUGCACAUUUGCCAGGAAAGUGUAAUACUACAGCUGAUAAAGCCUCCAGAAUUUUUCAUGAUCAGACAGAAUGGAAGCUUGAUUCCAACAUUUAUGUGUCAAUCACACAAGCCCUGGAGGCCCCAUCUAUUGAUUUAUUUGCAUCCAGGCUUAAUUUUCAGACUAAGCCUUACAAAGCUUGGCACCCUGACCCUGGUGCCAUAUAUGCUUUUUUUGUUGACUAGGGGGAACACUAUUUUUAUGCUUUUCCUCCUUCAAUUUCAUUGAUAGGUGGAAGAAGGUGGAAGCUGACCAAGCCUCGAGGAUACUUAUUGUGCCACUGCAGACAACACAGGCAUGGCUUCCAAUUUUGUUGUGCCUCCUUGAUCAGGAACCUCUCAUUCUUCCUCAAGGAAAGAAAGUGCUCUAGCUGCCAUAAAAGCCAUACAACCCCUAUGCCUUUCACCCACUCCACCACAAGUGGACUCUGAUGGCUUGCAAAUCAUCAGGAUGUUUAUAAAUUUCAAAGACUUUCAGAACAAGUUAUUGACACUGUCAUGUCAUCAUGAUGAGAAUCAACAAAGAAACAGUACAGGACCUACCUUAUGAGAUGGUAUAAGUUUUCAGCUAAAUAGUAUUGUGAUCCCUUGCAACCAACCGUGACAGAUGUUAUUGAAUUUUGACUGAAAGUUUUCAAACUGGCAUUUGAUAUAGCUGGUUGAACACAGCUUGGAGUGCAUUGUCAGCUGUCAUUGUUUUUCCUGACGACACACCUGCUGGAGGCAAUCUCUUAGUUGUAAGAUUCGCGAGAGGAGGCCCUCUAAAAAAAGUACACAAGUACUUGGGACGUUUAUGUUGUGUUAGAAUUUUUACGCAAAUUUGAGCAUGUUCGAAAAUUAUCAUUGAAGGUGUUCUCUUAG